AUGCGACCUCUUCCGGGCGACGAUGCCUUUAUGGCAAGAUCGCGGAGUACCAGCUUCGCCGAUAACGAUGCCACUCCUAUGGUCGGUCGAAGUCAACAACCGCAGAUGACAUACUUCAUCGCAGACGAGAAAGAUCUCGAGUCUUCGCAGAGCGUCCCACCCACUUCUUCUUUGAUUUCUAAACACAGAGAUACGGCGAAAAACAGCAUGUAUGGGGUGGAGAGUCUGGAGAGCACGAUAGGCUCCCUGGCUCCAGUUCAAGAUAGUGGUGACGAUCAAGAUGAGGAAAAGCUUAAACUACGAAGAGCCCGUCAGAAUUGGAAGAACAAUCUAAAGUCAAGUACACGGAAAUCAGAAGAAGAUCUGACAGAUUGCAUGAGCCCCUCGUUCAAAUCAUCUGCGAGCAUCAGCAGAAACACCUCCCCGGACUAUCAACGCCGACCUUCCCAAACAAAUAUAUCUCGGCCAUAUACCCCAUUGUCAUAUAAUUCCGCAGCGCCCGAGUCACUUCUCAGCAGUCCGGACUCUCGAAGGAAUUCAGAUGCCGGAUCAUACAUGGAUGAUGUCGCUAGCCAAGCCGUCGUCUCGAGCGGCGACGAGGAACGAGGUAUCGGCGGGGAGAUGAUGGAUAGUGGAAGUGCGCCGCAGUUGGUUAUGCCGAGUAUUAAAAUGCCCAGCAGGAGGCCGUUCACAGAGCGCGGGAAGAAUAUGGGUAGACUGAAGGUUAUGAUUGCCGGUGAUUCUGGUGUUGGUAAAACUUCCUUGAUCAAAGCCAUUGUCCAGAUAUGCGAGGACAUUGUUCAUGUCGACCCGAUCUCGAAUAAUGUACAAACUACUCAACCUAGUCGGAAGAGUCUCAGAUCAAAAUCUAGAAGUGCAUCUGCGGAGUUAGGAUCUACCACGCAGAUCACCGAGAUAUACGCCAGUACAAGAGCAUAUCCAGAAUGGUGGUCAGACUUAGAAGAGAGCAAAAUUCUUCGCAGACGAAAGAGCAUGGGUGAUUCGGUACUAGAAAGAAACAUGUGCUUUGUUGAUACCCCUGGAUAUGGUAACAAGAAUUCGUGUAUGGAAUGCAUAACCCCAGUAAUAGAAUAUCUCGAGUCACAUCUGAGAAAAGCAAUCUCGUUAGACAAUCUGUCUGAAUACGACAUGAUUAGCAUGCUAGGUGGUAAUGGUGGAUCUCAAGUUGACUUGGUGUUAUAUGUCAUACAUCAAGAUAUCAAACCAGUAGACAUUGAAUAUCUCCGUCGGUUGUCACAACUCACCAAUAUUGUUCCCCUUAUUGCUCGAUCGGAUCUGAUUUCACCCGAUGACCUUUCUCUGAUGAAAGAGAAAAUUAUCAGCACACUCCACGAAGCUAAUAUCUAUCCAUUCAACUUCAUCGCUUCUGCACAAGAAAAUACUCCACAGCUCACUUCACCUUACGCUAUUUCCACUGCAACCUCCAAAGACCACGAGAACAUGGACGCAAGUCUACUAAUGUCUCCUGAUUACGUUUCGCCCCUGGUUCAAUCAGAGUUAGCCGCCCUUGUAUCGCAAAUAUUCGAAUCAUCCAGUGUCUCUUGGCUCCGUCACUCGGCAGCGAAGAAAUUCGUCCAGUGGCGCAAGUCGAAUGCUCCACUUCAGAGGCCACAGUCACUUUAUUCUCCAUUACGGCCAGCAUCACUGUCUUCAUCCCAGGUGCUCACUGCUCCAGUCGGCGCAACGACAUCGUAUGCAUUAGCACGUAUAACAGAUCACACCCAGAGGGAGGAGAAAAUUGCCCAGGUCCGACUUGCAAAUUGGGCAGCUGAUUUGCAGAGAAGUCUCCAGAAUGAAAGGGAUAGAUUUGAGGAGUUAGCACGCAAUGAGAGAGCUGUGUGGCUUACCGAGAGACUUGGAGAGUGCGUUCAGGAUGGUACUCUUGUUCCAAUUUCUGAAGCCCGCAAGCGAGAUGGCGACUACUCGUUAACGCUAGUCAAGAAUGAGUCCUCUUCCAGAAAGAGUUAUAAGAUGUACGACGGCAUCGAUAGAUAUGACCCGCUGGGCUUACUGCAACUCAACGCAGAGAUGAAAAGACGUGGAUGGUUAGCCGUCCGACUUCUUAGUGGUGUAGGUCUAAUAGGUGGUUUGGCAUUCUGGGUGGUCCGUACAUGGCAGGGAACGGACGGAGAAAUCACCAUCUGGGGAUUAGGCAGCAAGGAAUGGGCCGACCUUCGGGCUGCCAUGUGA